AUGGCGACGAAAGAGUCGAGAAGCAAAAGAAGAGGCGACGACGACGAAGCGAUAGUGUGCGAUUCGCCUGUUUGGCUUGCAAAGGCAUGUAAGAUCCGAUUGAACCUCGGCAGCAGACAGGGAGAAAAAAAGAAGAAAAAGAAAGGGGAAAAAGGAGAAAAGAAAAAGAAAAAGAAAAAGGCGGCAACAACACGCAGAGACAAUGGCGAGCGAGGCGGAGAAUGGGCAAAUAGCGACAAGGGCAGCGUGGGAGAAACAUUUCUCACAAAGGCUAACAUAGCCAUGCCAUGCCAGCCAAGCAAAAGGUCUGGCUCGCAACCAGUCUCACAAUCUCACUCCAAAAGCCACACAGCACACACGCACGCACAUUCACCAUGCGCAAACAAGUAA